AUGAAAAGAGUAGCCUUGAGAGCCCAACGCGGCUCAAGGUCACAAGGCCCUGUCUGCCAGUUCUGUCAAUUUUCUUCCGCGACACCGCAACGCCUUCCCUUCCCUCGGCUUCCUACAACGACCCAAAGCCGAUCUUCGAACAAUAUCCCUGCGCUACAGUUGCGAAGAGCAAAUGCUCGAUCUCCAUUGUCCUACCCACUUCUAAACUCGCGUAGCUUUGCAUCGGAGUCCGCCAAUUUCGGGUCAGCCAUCAAACAAAUUGAACAGGAUGCCUCGGCUUUGCAACAUUCAGACCAAGUCCCCUCCAACGAAGCCGUGGUGGGACUACUUGAGAAAUGCCGGAAGAUCGCCGAAUCCUUAGUAUCGCAAGAACACGACAAUUCCGAAGGUUCCGCGCAUGAUGAAGGAAAUGCGACUUCAUCGCUACUUGAUAUGGAGGAGAAAAGCACCAAGCCCACACAGCAAGCCAAGUCGACACUCAAUCUGAAUCCCCGACUGGCCGACAAGAUCUCCAGUAUCAUAACCGAUCUCCUGAAGGAUGAGAAAGUCUUCAUUACCCCGGAAGCCCUGGAAAGCUACACCAAAACACAGACCCUCUUGGAGCGAGCAGAGCACUUUCCCGAGAUCUUCCACAUGUACGCCAACAAACCAGUUCCGGAGGAAGGCAGCUCACCAGUCAAGUUCCUCAAGGCGAAACCCAAGAGCAUUAACAGUGCUGUCCCCGCUGAGCUGGCCAAUAUGGCGUUGGACGUGGCUAUUGCGCAAAAGAACCUCUCCCUGGUCCUGGCUAUCAUUGAUAACACCUUCUGCGCACCUGCUUUCCCCCGUGCGAAGGUCUUCAAGAAGGCCAGUGUUCCGUUGAUUGGAUUGGCUGCGGCUCCUGCUGCAUGCUAUGCCCUUGCUACAUGGGCAGCCACUUUCCAGAAUACCAUGGAUCCUAGCACCGCGACUGGUAUUGCCUUUGCUGCUUCCUUGGCUUAUGUUGGUGGUACAUCGUCUCUCGGAAUUAUGGCUAUCACCACAGCCAAUGAUCAGAUGGAGCGUGUGGUUUGGUUGUCUGGCAUUCCUUUGAGACAGCGAUGGCUGCGGGAAGAAGAGCGUGCGGCCAUGGAUAGAGUUGCCGUUGCUUGGGGUUUUAAGGACCCGUACAUGCGUGGCGAGGAGGUUGGUGAAGAGUGGGAGAGUCUUCGCGAGUUCAUUGGCAUGCGCGGUAUGGUUUUAGAUAAGACAGAGUUGAUGGCAGGCAUGCAAUAA